AUGCCUCGCCAUCUCUUGCCCACUACUCGAGCAAAAAUUCUGGCUCUUCGAAGCCAAAAGCUCUCUAUCUAUAAGAUUGCUAAGCUCAUGGGUGUCCACCCUUGUACUGUCUCCCGUACUUGCAAACGACACGCUUCUGCUGGCGACAAUCUUUACUCUUGGCAUGCUGGUGGUCGUACCCGUACUCUUAGCUCAAGCGAUGCUCGAUUUAUGGCCCUCCAGCUCUCUAGAUCUCGCGUUUGCACUGCUGCCAAUAUUCAGCGGAAGUUUUUCCCCAAAAUUUCGGUUGCUACUAUUCGCCGGCGCCUCCGUGAAAUUGGCCUUUCAUCUUAUACGCGUCAGAAGGUUCCUCUCCUGUGUUAUCGUCAUCGCCUGACCCGCAAGGCGUGGGCCAAACAGCAUGAAACAUGGCGCCUUGCUGAAUGGCUCUGUGCUCUCUUCUCUGAUGAGUUGAAAUUCAACGUAUUCCGCUCUGAUGGCCGCCACUAUUGCUGGAGGCGCCCAGGGGAAGGUCUAGACCCACGCUACACUGAAAAAAUGGUCAAGCACGGUGGGGGAAAUGUGAUGGUCUGGGGGUGUAUUACCCCCAAGGGCGUUGGUCGACUUAUCCGUAUCGAUGGACGACUCACUGCUGCAAAGUACAUUGAGAUACUUAAGGAGGGGCUUCUUGGGACACUAAAGGACUAUAAGAUACCCAUUAGGCAUUUUUUGUUUCAACAGGACAACGACCCAAAGCACACAGCCAAGAUUACCAAGGCAUGGUUCAAGGAGAAAUCAAUCUCCGUGCUUCCCUGGCCUGCACAAAGCCCCGAUAUGAAUAUCAUCGAGAACGUAUGGAGCUAUCUUGACCGUAAGGUUCAUUCCCGCAACCCUCCUCCAUGUAAUACAACCGAGUUGUGGGAGGCACUGCAUGAGGAGUGGGAGUGCAUUGACCAAGGUUUUAUUACCAAGUUAUAUGAGUCUAUGCCUAAUAGAAUUGAUGCUCUGCUUUCUGCCAAGGGUGGAAAUACCCCCUAUUAA